AUGGAGAAUUUGCACCGAGAUACUAUUGUUGAAAAUUAUUUUGUUCUGAGAGUUGUCAAGUUGAAGAAGCUAAUGAGCAAGAAGAUGCCAAGUUCAAUCAUAGACAACGUGGAUGGACUUGAGGGUAGGGCUGGCAAUGAGCCAAGCUACUCAUUCUACAUCAGAAACAACAAUAUUCAGUCAGUAAAUCCAAAAGAAUUUACAGAGUUCAAUCGUGCUUUACCAAAAGUCACUUCAGCUGUUAGAGAACAGUGGUCAAGGUCAACUGCAUCAGCACUCAACCCCAUGAGCUGCAUAGCUGCAAUGACAAAUGACCCUUUGCGGAAUCAAAAAUUUAAAAUGACAUCCAACACUAUUGAUCCUAAUCCUGAUAGUAGUUCUGCUGGUAGAAGAAAAGAUCCAGCAUGGAAAUAUCAUAGUUUGGUAAAUCCCAAUGACCUUAACACUUUCAAAUGUAAUUUUUGUGGGAAAUUAACCAAAGGAGGUGUAUACCGAGCCAAACAGCACCUUGCUGGAGGUUAUAGGAAUGCUGAAAUUUGUUCAAAAUGUCCUCCUCAUGUUAGAGACGAAAUUAUAGAGUUUAUGUCAAAAAAGAAAGGGAAGAAUGACUUUGAUGAUAUGCCAGAUUUUGAUGAUAUAGACACACUAGGAGAUGAUGUUGAUGAUGAAAUGGACGUAGGGGCCUUCCAAAACCGUGGUAAAAGGCCUAUGCAAGGACAAGCAUCAUCUAUGCAACAAAAAAAACAAAGGCAACAACAAAGAGGGCCUCUUGAUUUGUUUUUAUCUGCUAAACCUAAAGUGAGUAGUCAAAAGGAUGCAAAAGGAAAGCAAACUACAAUAGAAAGUCAUGUCAAUAAAGAGUUGAGAGAGAAUGCAUGUGUUUGGUUUAGUAGAUGGAUGUAUGAAGCUGGUAUACCAUUUAAUGCAGUCAAUUACCCUAGUUUUAAGCCAAUGAUGGAGGCUGUUGGGCGAGCUGGUCCGGGAAUGAAACCCCCAAGUUUUCAUGAGGUUAGAGUACCUUAUCUUAAGAAAGAGGUGGAACACACAAAAGAAAUUAUGAAGAGUCAUAGGGAGGAAUGGGUAAGAUAUGGAUAUGGAAUGAAACUUUACCAAUUGCUUGACCGAUUUGUGGAGGAGAUAGGAGAAGCAAAUGUUGUUCAAGUUGUAACUGCUAAUGCUUCAGCGAAUGUUCUAGCUGGAGAGUUCUUAAUGACUAAGCACAAGAAUUUGUAUUGGACGCCGUGUGCUGCCCACUGUUUGGACUUGAUGUUGGAGGACAUUUUUAAAAUUCCUAGACUUAAGAGCACAUUUCAGAAGGCAUGUUCAGUCAAUGGGUACCUAUAUAGCUCUGCACAAGUAUUAAAUAUGAUGAGAUCAUUUACACAAAAAAGAGAGAUGCUAAGACCUGGAAAAACAAGGUUUGCCACAGCUUUCCUCACCCUUUCAAGAUUUCAUAAACAAAAAGCUAAUUUGAGGAAGAUGUUCACUUCAGAAGAGUGGACUAACUCUAGAUUUGCAAAGGAAACACGAGGUAAGCAAGCAGCUCAAACAGUGCUCCAGGAAUCAUUUUGGAAAAAUAUUCUUUUUGCUCUCAAGGUGUCUGGGCCUCUUGUCAAGGUGCUUAGAGUAGUGGAUAAUGAGGACAAACCUGCUAUGCCUUAUAUUUAUGAGGCUAUGGAUAGGGCAAAAGAAGCCAUUGCAAAAUCUUUUGAUGAUGAGAGCAAAUACGAGAAAAUAUUUGAAAUCAUUGAUGAGAGAUGGAAUCUUCAGUUGCAUCGUCCUUUACAUGCAGCUGAAUAUUAUUUGAAUCCAGCAUUUUUUUACUCAAAUGAAAGUAUUAGAGAAGACAACGAGGUUAUUGAAGGGUUGUAUGCUUGCAUAGAGAGGCUGGUUCCCACCGCAGAAGUGCAAGACAAACUUUCAAAGGAGUUGAGCUUUUAUAAGAAUUCUGAAGGGUUAUUUGGCAAACAAAUAUGUAUUAGAGGAAGGAAUCAAUUAUCACCAGUUGAAUGGUGGUCUCAAUUUGGCACUGGAACCCCUAAUUUGCAAAAGUUUGCCAUGAAGAUUUGUAGUCUCACUUGUAGCUCUUCAGGUUGUGAAAGAAAUUGGAGUAUCUUUGAGUAUCUUCAUAACAAAAAGAGAAACCGAUUGGAGCAACGACGUCUUAAUGAUUUGGUAUUUGUGAAGUAUAAUAGAGCUUUGAGACGUCGCUUCAAUUUACGUAAAUCAAUAGAUCCCAUUUCCUUGGAUGAAAUUGAUGAAAGUAAUGAGUGGUUGCUUGGGACAAUUGACCAACUUGAUGAUUCAGAUAAUGAACUUGUACAUGAGGGCGAUGAUUUAACAUGGGCUGAUGUUUUUAGAGCUUCUGGUGUUGAAAAAGCUCACUAUGCAACUAGAUCAAAUGCUCCAACUCUAAAUUUGACAAAGAAUCUUGAUGUUGACAAUGAGGAUGAUUUUUAG